UGAAGUGAACCCACCAGAAAGCUCUUAUAUCAGGCGAGCGAGCUACAGGGAAAUAGUAAUGGCCGGCAACCGGAAAAACCUGCUUCCGAUCGUACUCAUUUGGGUUGUCAUUAUGCUUGGAACCCUAGCCCUUAUUCUUAACCGCAUAAGUGAUGUUUCAGCUCCAAUAGACCAGAAAAGCAUCGAUCAUAAGGGAAAAACAACUGAAGAUGUAGAGGAUGUUACACACAAAGUAUACUUCGACAUUGAAAUUAAUGGAAAUCCUGCAGGUCGUGUGGUCAUAGGCCUCUUUGGAAACACUGUUCCAAAAACUGUAGAAAAUUUCCGAGCUCUAUGCACAGGAGAAAAAGGGAUGGGAAAGAGCGGGAGAAGUCUCCACUAUAAAGGAAGUGCUUUUCACAGGAUCAUACCUAGCUUCAUGAUCCAGGGAGGUGACUUCACUAGUGGGGAUGGGAGAGGUGGAGAAUCAAUAUAUGGAAACAGCUUUGCAGAUGAGAACUUUAAACUGAAGCACACUGGUUCUGGAAUUCUAUCAAUGGCGAAUGCUGGACCAGAUACCAACAGGUCACAGUUUUUCAUCACCACAGUGGCAACAAGCUGGUUGGAUGGGCGACACGUUGUGUUUGGCAAAGUCCUCUCAGGGAUGGACAUUAUACACAAGAUUGAGGCAGAAGGGAGGCAAAGUGGAACUCCAAAGAGCAAAGUUAUUAUUUCCGAUAGCGGCGAGCUAACGUUAUGAGUCCAAUACCCCACCAUUCGUGUCACGCGUGGUUGCUCUAAUUUUGAUUCGGUACAUUACAAGUAUACUUUUGGAAAGUUAGAUAUACAGAACGAUUGUGAAAUGUAUGUUCAUAAGAAACACACCAAAUUAGCAUUCUUCACAUUGGUUAUUCUCCUUAAGUAGAAAUUAAAUGGGAAUGGCAGAAAAAGCUCUAAUAUUUGUUUGUUUUAUGUUAUGAUUCUAAAUGAUACACCGUAUAUGAUAUAUGUUGUACAAUGAACUAUAAAAAUGAUCACACUUGUAUUAAUCAUGUUAUUUUUGGAAGUUGAAA